AUGUCGCCAACACAGUCGCCGACUUUCGUCGGCCUCAAAGGUCAGAGCCUCAUUUACGCCGUGACAUUCACAUGUUCGAUCGGAUUUCUUCUUUUCGGCUAUGACCUAGGAUUCAUGGGGGGACUCACAACGUCACCUGAAUUUUUAGCAGUCUUCGGAGACCCUGAAGCAUCACUACUAGCAUUCCUCGUCUCAUCCUACGAAAUCGGUGCACUUUCCGGCGCUCUGUUCCAGUUCUUCAUGGGCGAUCGAUUCGGACGCAAACCGAACAACAUGGCUGGCGCCGUGAUCGUCUCGAUCGGGGCGAUUCUCCAAGCAACUACAUUCAGUUUACCACAAUUUCUGAUUGGUCGGAUUGUUGCAGGAUUCGGACUAGGUAUCAUGACUACCGUUAUUCCUAUCUGGUUGUCAGAAUGCAGUAUGCCCGAGUCUCGCGGACGAAUGAUGGCUAUGCAAUUGUCCAAUCUGAUUGUCGGGCUCAUCUUGGCAAAUUGGCUGGAUUACGGGAUGGAGUCUUACUCUGGCUCGGUGCAGUGGCGGUUUCCGUGUGCGUUUCAGAUUCUUUUCUGCUGUAUUACGCUUGUUUGUAUGCCGUUUCUUCCGGAGUCGCCGCGGUAUCUGUGCGCGAAAGGCGAUAUGGUUAAUGGGGCGAUUAGCCUCGCAGCCCUGCGAGCUGGGUUUCCCGAUGACCCUGCCGUCGCGGCGGAGUUGAAGGAGAUUCAGUUUGCGCUUUCGGUGGAAGCCGAGGAGCAGGGGUCUUGGAGUGACGUAUUCAAGGAUAAUGGGAUCAGCGGAUUUUCUCGAAUAGCGAUCGGGUUUGCGGCAAACUUCUUCCAGCAGAUGUCGGGAUGCAAUGUGAUGUCUUCGCUUGGUCCGUAUGUCUUUGAGGACUCGAUCGGCAUGUCACGACACAAUGCCAUGCUCGUGUCUGGUGGACUGCAAGUGUGGUAUUUUCUCAGCAGUCUGUUUCCAUGGUGGGCGAUUGAGCGAUUCGGACGCCGGCCACUCUUCAUGAUCGGGUCUGCUGGGAUGGGCCUUUGCAUGACCCUUUCUGCUGUAUUUAUCGGCAUCGGUGGGGAGAAACUGGGCUAUGGCGCUGCAGUUGUCUUAUAUCUCUUUCAAAGUUUCUUCACCUUGGGAUGGCAAUCCAAUAUGUGGAUUUAUCCCAGUGAAAUUCUUCCUUUGAAGCUGCGACUUCGAGGAGGUGCAUUAGCUGUCGUCUCUCAGUGGCUGUUCACCUUCCUAGUUGUCGAGAUCACGCCUGUCAUGAUCACAAACAUCGGAUACAAGUGCUAUGUCGUUUUUGCGAUUAUCAAUUUCGCCACGGUGCCUCUUGUCUAUUUCACCUUUCCGGAGACCAGCAAAAUGCCUCUCGAAGCAGUGGAUCUGUUCUUUGCUGACCGAGAUGGAAAGCGACCGUCUCUUUGGCGUGUGGUCAGGGACUCGCUUGACAAGGAUUUUGUGUCAGGAAUUGAGAGACAGUUGCAAGAUAGAGCAGCAUUGCGAGCGGAGAAGCAGGAUGACACACUUGACUUUAAAAAUAAGGCUCAGUGCCUCGAGUUGGAGACUGCGUGA